AAAGUUCUGAGAUGGAGUCGAAAUGGUUGGCCAUGGUUCUUGUAGUGUUAUCUUUAGGAGCUACGCUGUGUGAUGGUUGCUUAGAGGAAGAAAGAUUUGCUCUCUUCCAACUCAAACCUUUCUUUGAGUUCAUUGAUUAUACGUUUCUAGAUCUAUACGAUGAGUCAAAGCUGGAAAAAGAAAGUUCAUCAAAUUGUUGUAAGUGGGAAAGGGUUGAAUGCAACCCAAUAAGUGGACGAGUCGCCCAUCUUUUCCUUAAUUAUUCCAACAACAAUAUGAUGCAGUGGUAUCUCAAUGCCUCUUUGUUUCUUCCUUUUGAGGAAUUACAAAUUCUUUCUUUAAGUGGGAAUUCCAUAGCGGGUUGUGUUACCAAUCAAGGUUUAUUACCUUUCAAAAUUAUUAUGAGAAUUUAUUUAAUUUUCUUAUUUUGUAUGUCACAAAAAAUCAUUUCAACUACUUGUUCAUCGUUGAAAUGACAUUUUAUUAUGGCAUCAAUUUAUAAUUUUGGUUUUGAAAGGUUGUCAUCGAAAUUGGGCAAGUUGGAGAAUCUUGACUUGAGUGGAAAUAAUUUCAAUGAUAGCAUUUUAGCAUCCUUAAGUGAAAUUUCAUCACUCAACUCUUUAAAUUUAACUGACAAUAUAUUCACGGGAUCAAAUCCUAUCAAUGGUACGUAGAAAUAUUAAAUUGUAUAUAUUAAUGCAAAGCUUAUCCAAGUUUAAAGUGGUUUUGUCCAUUUUUUUAAUAUUAUUGUUGACAGGUAUUGAGAUGUUAUCAAAGCUAAACAAUUUAGAAACUUUGGAUUUAUCUGGCAAUUGUUUAGGAAAUAACAUCCUAUCACAACUACAUGGUUUUGCCUCUUUAAAAUCAUUACAUUUGGAGGAUUGUGGAUUAAAAGGAACCGUUGAUAUACAAGGCAUGUUUCCUUUUUGAAUAUCAUGCUUAAUUUGAUUAAAAAAAUAGAGAGCUUAUUAGUUAGUUAUUUUUAUAAGGGUAAAGCAACAUUUAGUCCUUGAAUUUAGUAAUUUUUUCUAACUUAGUACAUAAAUUUUUUUUGGUCCACAUAAGUCCUAGAAUUUAACAAAUUUUCAAGAGUUUAGGUGAUGACAUGACACAAUCUCAUAAUGCCACAUCAUCUCAUGGACCAAAGGGAUGGAAAGAUGUUAAAUUCCAAGACUAAUGUGGACAAAAAAUAGUUCAAGAACCAAGUUGGAGAAAGUUACAAAAUUCAGGGAGUAAAUGUUAUCUUAUCCCUUUUUAAAUAACUUGAUUAACUAACAUAUAUUUUGAUUGGAUAUGAACAGAAAGCAAUAAUAAUUGGAUGAACUUGAAGGAGUUGUAUUUAGGGGGAAAUGAAAUUAAGAGCCUUGGGUCACUAGUCCAAGAAAAAGAAGGAAUGAAGUUGAACAAACUUGAGGUACUUAGUUUAAGUCAUAAUCUCAUUAACAAUACCAUAUUCUCGUCCCUUGCUGAGCUCUCGAAUUUGAAGUCUUUGGAUUUAUCUGAUAACGAAUUGGAGGGGGCAAUAUAUACAAAAGAUUUAAAUGCUCUUAGCAAUUUAGAAGAGUUGAUCUUAUUUGAGAAUGAAGUGAAUGGAUUUAUACCAUCUCAAGGGCUAAGGCUGCUGAAUUUGAAAGUUCUUCAUUUGAGUGUUAAUCAUUUAAGCAAUAGUGUAAUGUCAUCUCUUGCUACACUUUCAAAUCUAAAGACUUUGUGGAUUGAUAUCUCUAAAUUCAAUGGAUUAAUAGAUAUGGAAGGUUUAUAUGGUUUCAGCAAUUUGGAAGAGCUGUACAUGUUCUGCAUUAAUCUAUUUGCAGAUGCAGAUGCAGAUUGUAGCUUCUCACUACAAUCAUUGGGCUUAUUCCCCACUUUGAAGACUCUUUAUUUAUUUGGAUUUAAUAUUAAUGAAACCACAAUGGCUUCUUAUCCCCACAAUAAUUUAUAUGGUUUGAGAAAUUUGGAAGAGCUGUACAUGAUUUGCAAUACGGAUUGUAGCUUUUCAUUACAAACAUUGGGUUUAUUCCCCACUUUGAAGACUCUUUCUUUACAAGGAUUUAAUAUUAAUAAAACCAGCAUGGCUUCUUAUUCCCACAAUAGUAAGUUUUGAUGUUUUCUUACAAAUUAAUUAUUAUGAAUUAAUUUAUACAUCUAG